AUGGGAGACAUUCAGACGAGGCCGUUUUCCAAGGACUACAGUGGUCUGGUCAACCAGUCUGUGAUUGCGGCGGUCAUCACGGUGUUAGCUGUGACUGGGCAGGAACUAAUGAAGCGUGCGAGGAGGGGCAAGAAGUAUGAUGUAGACAGCCUAGGUAGUCGUGAAUCAUGGGAGUUUGGAUAUUUGUUCCAAGGCAGAUCUUGGGCACGAUAUCCAUCACCGGCCUCUCCCCGAGGAUGGCUACUAUCCUGGGUCAAACAGAUUGUGUGGCUCCCUCCGGAAAAGAUGAACGAGCUUCGGGGAGUCGAUGCGACUCUCUACGUCAGAUUUCUUCGUGCUUGCUGUGCUUUGGUUCGUCGUCCUGCACACGGUCACUACGUUCCCCAUCUUGUUUCCAAUCCACGUCGAAUUCUCGGACGAUACUAUCUCCAAGAAAUCAAUGACACGAGCGUCCAUAACAUCGCUGGUGGCGUCUCACAAUGGCUUGUCCCUUCUCUGGAUCCACAUCACCCUUCUUUUCUGGCUCACGUUCACAUGGAUGGCGGCCUUCUGUGGAUAUGUCAUGGUGCUUUUAAACUUCGUGCGGACAAAAUCGCUAUCACUGCAAAGCGAUUGGCGGACUUCGAUUUCGCGGACACAGCGACCUAUCGACAUCCGAUAUCUCAGUACGCGUUCACGGAUGUCCCAGUUCAAGACAGCCACCACCCAAAUUUUGGCCUCAGGCUGCGCACAAUCAUGGUACAGAAUGUUCCGGCGGCCCUGCGUGACGAAAAGGUCUUACAGGAGUACUUGGAGUACUACAUGUCUCGCAAGCUCGAGAAACCUUCGAUCCCCCUCACAGGCGCUGCUCAGCCCGGCUUCAUCAACAAGUCGAUCGCGUUUUUGUUCAACAAAGCGAAACGGAUGCCUGUUCCUUUGAUUCCUUUGGCCGCUCGGCAAGAGACGAUCGAGAAGAGCGAAGGCGGUGCUCCUCUCAUCGAGCGAGUGGUCAUCUGUCGUAGGAUGACCGAGUUGUCGUCUCUGCUGGAGCGUAGGGAGGAGAUCCUCCGUCUGCUUGAAACUGCCCACUUGCGAUUGGCUCAGAAGACUGUCCUUGCCGUCCAGCAUGCCAUCGCUCGCAGGGAUGCCCACAAACCUAUCGGGAUGGACAAGCCGAAACGGCCUUUGGGGGACUUAGAGAGAGGCAAAGCGAUAGAAGAUGAAGGCUUGAGUGAAGAACAGCGCAUGCAGCAGCUUAUCGAUGUCAUUGGCCCUUUUGUUGAUGAGUUUGGGCUCCGCCCAGACAGCAACCGGGCUCACGCUUCGUUUUCCAAACGUGAUUUCCGGAGACUGCGAGCAGAGGCGUCCCAAGACUCGGACAUCGAUACCAGCGAAGGCGGAAAUCCCGCGGUCAGGCGUCACGCUCAAGGCCAGACCAUCUGGGACGCUCUACUCACGCUACCGCGAAGUAGUCUCGACGCAUAUCAACCCCUCGUCCAUCUCUCUCAUCUGUUCCGUGGCAAGAUCGUCCCGUCCAUCGACUAUUACACGGCCAAAUUCAAUCUGUUAUCGUCCUUCAUCACCGAGAACCGUGCCAAGUCUCUUGCUGACUACGAUCCGGUUUCGACUGCCUUCGUCACUUUUGCAGACCCAGAGGAUGCGCGACGGGCCUGCAAGUAUCUUGCAGUCCACCCAAACAAUCCGUUGACGUGCUUGAUAACCAUGGCUCCGGCAUAUCAGGACAUCGAUUGGAUCCGAGUCAUGAAGUCUUCAUACAACGGCGAGUUUGUCAAAGACUGGGUGGUCAACAUGGGUGUUUGGACUUUCACUAUCUUCUGGAUCUUUCCCGUCUCCCUUUUGGUCGGUCUGGUUUCGAUCCAGAAUAUCAGUUCUUUCUGGCCAACAUUGAAAAACUACUUGGACCGCCAUCCCUGGGAGGAGGAUGUGAUCCAAUCAUUCGUGCCCACUUUGCUCGUCUCGCUUUUGGCGCUCUCCAUCCCUCCGAUUCUGUUGUUAAUUGCGAAGAAAGCGCACACCCUCACGACCAUGUCUGCCCUGCACGAUCUUAUCAUGACACGAUAUUAUAAGUUCUUGGUUGUCAACGUUCUUGUGUUCUUCUGUGUGGGGACUGCCGCUCUGCAAUCUGUUCUGGACUCGAUCACGGCUCACAAGCACUCCUCGGUGAACAUCCUGAACAUUGUCGCAAAUUCAUUCCCGACCGCCGGGCCUUUCUAUGUUGAUUGGCUUCCGACGCAUCUCCUGGUGAUCCACGUGCUCAUGCUGUUCAUGGUCCUCAAUCCUACUGUUAUCCCUUUCGGGGCAAUCUAUUUCUUCGUAGAAACUGGGGUCGUCAAGAACCAGCUGAUCCACGUCUACGCGAAAAACUACGAGAACAACGGUCAGGUGCUUUUGAUCCGGAUGGUCAGGUACUCGCUAGAUGGUCUUCUUCUUGCGCAAGUUGUGUUUUUGAUCUACAUGGUCGUGUUGAAGAAAGAAGUCAACGUCGGCCUUGCGGCCUUUCUCAUCGUCUUCACUGCAUUUGCGAAGCUGCUAAUGACUCGAAUCAUCCGCGCUCAGUUCGAGCACGACGACAUUUACGAAGCUCAGAUGCUCGUUCCGAAUGCCCGCGAGCCUGAGAACGAACCCCUUUCUCCCGAUAACGACAACAACGACAAUCUGAUUACUGAAGAGCGAGUCAAAUCUGGAGGUGGAGGUGUAUUUUCGAUGCGGAUCCCGGGAUGGGUAAACGCAUCAUACGCGACCAUUCGGCAGCACCGGCCAAUGCAACCCCACGCUCCCAAUCCGUUCGGUCCUGUCUUAGUGACACGUGACAAGGAGCGGAAAACGGUUGUCAAGGCAGAAUCUUCGGAUGAUUCGAGGCUCGUUGUUCCGCAUCCUCCUCGCGCGCCCUGGGACGACGAUGGAACGUUGGAUUUGCCUUAUGACAAUCCGUACUACACCCGACCCAUCAGCAAUGCUCUGUGGCUGCCUCAGAAUCCGUUUGGGCCCGUGGAUUUGGACGCGACCUUCGAUCUGCGGGUAGCUCUGACUGUUGACUUAAGCGGAGGAAACCUGGGCAGCUGGACACAGCAGCCGGCGCCACAGCCAGCGCCACCACCACCUCAAUCGGUGACAUGUGAAGAAGAGGUCACGCCAUCCGAUAGCGAGCCAGAUGGCAGCGAGGAGAUAAAUCUUCCGCUGAUCAUUGCCAAACGGGCGCAAGCCAGAGAUGAUGUGGAGGAGACAUGGCAGCUCCCUCGUCGGCCAUCGACGUUUGGCCGGCGGAGCACUAUUUCGACGCGGUCGCGACGGCCGAGCCUGGUGCCAAGGGUGUCGUUACGGUCUGCGUCGGAAGGAGUUCGGGAGCGGUCGGGUUCGCUCCUCUCGACCCUGCCGUCGCCGACAAUGACCCGGAUGCAGAGCUUGGACUGCGAAGUGCGGCCUGAUGUGCAUGCGCAGGGAGAGUUCGUGCUUGCGCAUGCUUCUGGCUCGGGGCUUUCUGUGCCUGUCACGCUGUCACGGCAGCAGAGGUCGACGAAUGUAACUGCGCAGACUGCGAUUGCGCACGAGGUGAUGGUUGAGGAGGAGAUCGCGCUUGCAGACCGGCUGGAAGAGGAGGAGGAGGAGGCUGAGAAGGCGAGCAAACCGCGGUCGUGGUUCACGUCAUGGAUGUUCACCAAGGGAACACAUCCCAAUUCGCCGCCGCCACCCGAGCCUUCUUCGACUCCAUAG